AUAUCAAUGAGGCAAAAUAACAGAAUUGAAGGCUAUAGUUAACAGUUGAUGAAAAGGAUAAAGACUCUUUUGAAAUGGAGCUCACCCUGCAACCUCUGUCAUCUCCCUCCUUCUCUACCAGAAUUGGGGACUCAAAGCCAAAUGUAAGUAACCUAUUAGGUUCUAAAGGCUAUUCUUUAGUCAAUUUAAGGGCACUGCCCCAAAGGAAAAACUUAUCAAAAACACCUUCUGCAUUACCGGAGACAGCUGCUUCUUUGGCAAUUGCAGUCACUAUUGUUGGAGCAGCAGCUACUAUUCUUGUUAAGAGAACAAAAGCUUCUGGGGAAACUGAGGUUCCUCUGAUAACUUGUGAAGACUGUGGUGGUUCCGGUAUAUGUUCUGAAUGCAAUGGUGAAGGAUUUGUUCAGAAAAAACUGUCAGACGAAAGUGCUGAAAGGGCAAGAAUGGCAGCAAAGAAUAUGGCCACUCGAUAUACAGCAGGUUUUCUGCAGGGUCUAAUGUCAAAGCUCCUUGAUAUCAUUCACUAAACCAGGUUGAGCAUUGCAGGCUUCCGAAGAAAUGGAGUUACUGUACAAAAUGUUCUUCUUCGAGAUCCUGUAUCACAUGUGGUGGUCGUGGGAAGUUAAGCUCCUAGCUUAUUUGUAACCUCUGUUAUGCUUUAGGUUAGAUUUGGCCGCCUACCAAUUAAGAAAAUUGGAAGUAAGUAACAAGUUUACUUUCUUCUGUGUACUUCAGUUGAUGAGUGAUUUACAGAUUUUCAUUGUAACUCAUCUCUUUUGCAAUAUUAGAAAAUUCAUUCUGAACUGAGGAAUCUUGUUUAUAGCUUGUUCUUAAAUUCCUUCUCAUUGGAAAUAUCACAAUCUCUGAGCUAUGAA